CCAUUUUCCACUUCCGCUUCCGGCGUUGAGGCUGUCCAGUUCGAAAAUGGCGUCGGCGGCGGCUGUGUUCCGGCUCUCUGGGCUGCUGGGUCGGUCCGGGGCACAGCUGGGGCGGUCCAUGUCGAGCGGCGCCCACGGCGAGGAGGGCUCAGCUCGCAUGUGGAAGGCCCUCACCUACUUCGUAGCGCUCCCUGGCGUGGGAGUGAGCAUGCUGAACGUCUUCCUGAAGUCGCAUCACGGAGAGCACGAGAGACCUGAGUUCAUCGCCUACCCCCAUCUCCGCAUCAGGUCCAAGCCCUUUCCCUGGGGAGAUGGUAAUCAUACUCUAUUCCAUAACUCUCACGUGAAUCCACUUCCAACCGGCUAUGAAGAUGAAUAAACAGAACCUGGACCACCACCCAGUGGGGACCACAGGACUGGUUUGGACCAUGACUCUGCACACGGACCAGAAAAGUAUAUGGGACCUUAAGCUCACCUUCCUUACUUUGAUGACCAGUAUACUGAUCCUCCAUCCUUUUGCUUAUGGCAGGAGAUGGCUUAAAUAAAUAACUUAGAUUGGUC